AUGGAGUCUUUUGGAUCUUCCAGACGGAAACAAAAACCUGCGCCCUGUGUCACCCCCUGCUUCCUGCCCCUACAGGAGAUCGUCAACUUCAACUGCCGGAAGCUGGUGGCCUCAAUGCCACUGUUUGCCAACGCCGACCCCAACUUUGUCACGGCCAUGCUGACCAAACUCAAAUUCGAGGUCUUCCAGCCCGGUGACUACAUCAUCCGAGAAGGCACCAUCGGCAAGAAGAUGUACUUCAUCCAGCACGGUGUGGUCAGCGUGCUCACCAAGGGCAACAAGGAGAUGAAGCUCUCUGAUGGCUCCUAUUUUGGGGAGAUCUGCCUGCUGACGCGGGGCCGGCGCACGGCCAGCGUGCGCGCCGACACCUACUGCCGCCUCUACUCGCUGAGCGUGGACCACUUCAACGAGGUGCUGGAGGAGUACCCCAUGAUGCGGCGGGCCUUCGAGACUGUCGCCAUCGACCGCCUGGACCGCAUCGGCCCACGAGAGCAGCUGUCCGGCCUGCACGUCCAGGACCCCCACCCGCAGAGCCACAUCUGCUUCUCCGAGUCCCCGGAAAAUCAUCCCUCCGAGAGGAUGGAAGGAAGCAAGGUGCCAAAGAGCACGUGA